AUGGGUCUGCUUCUGAAGAUUUUCAUCCCCUUGCUGGGGCUGGUGCUGGCCUUUUAUUUUUAUUCAGCACCAGAGAAUUUCAAUGAAGAGAUGCUCCGGGGGAAACGGGUGAUCGUGACGGGAGCCAGCAGCGGCAUCGGGGAGCAGAUGGCGUAUCACCUGGCACGCAUGGAGGCCCACCUCCUGCUCACGGCGCGGACGGAGGCCAAGCUGCAGAAAGUUGUGGAGCGAUGCCUGGAGCUGGGGGCUGCAUCCGCCCGCUACGUGAGCGGCUCCAUGGAGGACACGGCGCUCCCCGAGGUGGUGGUGAGGGAGGCUGAGAACACCUGGGGAGGCCUCGACAUGCUCAUCCUAAACCACAUCGGUCACUCACACUUCAACUACUUCAACGGGGAUGUCGAGCACGUACGAAAGCUCCUGGAGACCAACUUCCUCAGCUACGUGGCGAUGACGGUGUCUGCCCUGCCCAUGCUGAAGGAGAGCGAGGGCAGCAUCGUGGUGGUUUCCUCCAUGGCAGGUAAAACGGGCACCCCAUUUGUUGCUCCCUAUUCUGCAACUAAGUUCGCCUUAGACGGAUUUUUCAGCUCCUUGCGACAUGAAUUCAUCAUAGACAAGGUCAACGUCUCCAUCACGCUCUGCAUCCUGGGCUACAUCAACACAGAAAGCGCCAUCCGCAUGGUCUCGCACGCCAUCCGGGGCACGCCGGCUCCCAAGGAGGAGUGUGCGCUGGAGAUCAUCAAGAGUGGGGCGCUGCGCCAGCGGGAGCUGCACUACCCACCAGGGAUGGUGGGCAGCACGCUUCUCCUCCAGGUCAUAGCCCCCGACUUCCUCGACUCCCUCAUCAGGAGCAACUAUAAACCAGAAAACAUCAAAAGAACAUAG